GCUCAGCGCAGCCUCCAAGUUGAAACAUCGCAUCGAAUCGAAUCGUGUCGCGUCCCAUCAAAAAAGAAGCAGCGGCGGCAGCAAUCGGCAUUUAUCAGUUUCGAGAGUAUUUACUUAUACGUACGUGGAUUCGGAUUUCGGAGCAGGUGACAAUUUUUGGUCAGAGUGACGGUAGUGUUUGUGUGAUGUGAUGUGGUGUGAGAUUACACGUUGUAUUUACUAAAUUGAAUCGCGGUCAGCGGUGCUGCAAGUUGACUGCGACUGUGGCACAAUGCGGCCUAGGUUUACGUUGGGCGUGUGGACGAUUACGUGGUGGUUCGCGCAAAAUACCUUGCUAUUCGAAGCGAAUAUAGUGGCGGCGAACUCGCAGUCGGACAAAAUCGUUUUAGGAACGAUAUUCGAACAAGGCAGCGAAGAAAUUCAAUCGGCGUUCAAGUUCGCUAUACUAACUCAUAAUCAAAACGUUUCCGGACGCCGUUUCGAACUUCAAGCUUUCGUUGAUGUCAUCAAUACAGCUGACGCUUUCAAACUGUCUCGUCUAAUAUGCGGUCAGUUCAGCCGAGGCAUUCAUUCUUUGAUAGCAGCUGUAAGUCCAGAUUCGUUCGAUACGUUGCACAGUUACAGCAACACUUUUCAAGUGCCAUUCAUUACUCCAUGGUUUCCUGAAAAAGUUUUGCCUCCAUCGUCACGAUUAUUGGACCAUGCGCUUAGUAUGCGACCAGAAUAUCACCAAGCAGUUAUAGAUACGAUCAACUUUUACGGCUGGAAAAAAAUCAUUUUCGUUUACCAAACGGACGAUGGUCUACUUCGUCUUCAACAGCUAUAUCAAAGGAUGCGUCCGGGAGAACAUACGUUCAAAAUUGAUUUAGUGAGAAAAAUUCGAACUGUUGCAGAUGCGAUGUCAUUUCUGAGUGAUAUCGAAGCAGUUGACAGAUGGAGUCACAAAUACAUCGUUUUGGAUUGUUCAGCUGAGCUGGCCAAGCAAAUAGUCAUAUCUCAUGUUCGUAGCGUACCUUUAGGAAAAAGAACCUAUCAUUAUUUACUAAGCGGUUUGGUGAUGGACGAUCGUUGGGAAUCGGAGAUUAUCGAAUACGGAGCUAUAAAUAUAACCGGAUUUCGAAUCGUCGACGAUGACAGAGCGGUUGUCAAAGACUUUUUGAAGGAUUGGACACAUUUCGAUGUUACUAAAGACCAUCCUCGACAAAGCAUCUCCGCUCAAGCAGCGUUGAUGCACGAUGCAGUGUACGUAUUGGUCGAAGGUUUCGCCAAGUUACUUCGUAAGAAACCCGAUAUUUUUCGGCCGAAUAAAAAAGCUGUCAACAGUGACAGCAAUAACAGCGGUUUACCAUCUUCGCUGUCUUCGACAUCGUCGUCCUCCUCUUCUACAUCCGCAGCUGCAUCGGUAUCGGCGUCGGCAUCCACAUCAGCCUCUGCAGCGAGCACCAACAGUAACAACGCAAGCGUAAGCGUGGUCGAUUGUACCGCUAGUAAGGGUUGGAUUACGCCCUGGGAACAUGGAGACAAAAUUUCUCGAGUCCUGCGAAAGGUCGAAAUUGAAGGAUUAACGGGAGAUAUACGUUUCAACGAAGCCGGACGCAGAGAAAACUAUACGUUACAUGUGGUAGAAAUGACUGUGAAAAGCGCUAUGGUCAAAAUUGCCGAGUGGACCGAAAAGGACGGAUUCAAAGUAGUGAACGCGAAAUAUGAAAGAUUACCGGGUCCAGUUUUGCAAAGAAAUAAAACUUACAUCGUAACCACCAUCUUGGACGAACCUUACGUAAUGAUGAAGAAAACAAAAAACGGCCAAACGUUGAACGGUAACGACAGAUACGAAGGAUAUUGCAAGGAUCUGGCCGAUCUGAUCGCCAAAACUUUGAAUAUCAAUUACGAGUUGGUCCUAGUCAAGGAUGGUAAAUUCGGCUCGGAAAAUACGCACGCAAAAGCCAGCUGGGACGGUAUGAUUGGCGAAUUGAUCAGAAAUGAAGCCGAUAUGGCGAUCGCCCCCUUAACCAUUACCGCAGAAAGAGAACGAGUGGUAGAUUUUACGAAACCGUUCGCCUCGGUCGGCAUCAGCAUAAUGAUGAAGAAACCUAUGAAAUCUCCGCCCAACGUGCUCAGCUUCUUAGAGCCGCUUUCCAAAGAGGUCUGGCUGUGCGUGAUAUUUUCCUUCAUCGCCGUCAGCAUCGUAUUGUUCAUAGUGUCCAGAUUCUCGUCUAGCGAGUGGCAUUUGAUAUCGCCUCAAGAUCAGCAGUAUUAUCGCGUGUAUCAAAAUCGAUACGUCGAGUCUCCCAGUUCCAGGCACUCUAUUCAUGGAGCCGCUGCAGCCGCUACCGGCACCCUCAAUCCUACCAUUCUCAUCAAUGAUUUCAGCAUACUUAAUUGUUUUUGGUUUUCCAUCGGAUCGCUGUUGCAGCAAGGAUGCAAUCUGACUCCGAGAUCUUUGUCCGGUCGUAUCGUGUCAGCUGUUUGGUGGCUAUUUGCUUUGUUUCUGUUAGCGUCGUAUACGGCCAAUUUGGCCGCUUUCUUCACCAUCCAAAGAAUCGCCACAAAUGUCAAUUCGGCCGAAGAUUUAGUCACACGAACCGAUAUCGAAUACGGUACCGUCAAGGAUGGCUCAAUAUGGAACUUUUUCAAGAAGUCGCAAGUGCCACUCUAUAAUAAAAUGUGGGAAUUCAUGAAUUCUAAGAAGACAGUGUUGGUUCGCAAUUACGAAGAAGGUAUACAAAAAGUACGCAAUUCGAAAGGAAAGUACGCGUUUCUAAUCGAUUCGAUGAAAAACGAAUACGUUAACGGAAAACAACCUUGCGAUACGAUAAAAAUAGGAAGACAUUUAUACAACGAAGGCUACGGCAUCGCUACGCCCAUCGGAUCACCGCUCAGAGAAAGUGUCAACUACGCAGUUCUAUCCUUAAUUGAAAACGGAGAGUUGGCCAAAUUGGAAAAUCGUUGGUGGACGGAUGAGACGGAAUGCGGAUACUCGCAUAAACACGUAAACGAUGUUCAAAAUGCUCUAUCACUGACGCACGUUGCCGGUGUAUUCUACGUGCUAAUCGGUGGACUUAUUUUCGCCAUGAUGUUAGCUCUGGUUGAAUUUUGUUAUAAAUCACGUUCGACUUCGUUCUCAUCCAAGAUAAUGUUCGAGCAAAUGUCAUUUCACGACGCGAUGAAAUCCAAGCCUAAAAUCAUGGUUGACCAUACCAAGUAUGAGAAUAUGCGGAAAAAGGAAAUAUUACACCAAUACUACGGACCGGCGAGUCAUCUAAGCCUAGUAGAUAGCAAUCAAAUUCUCGACAGCAGUCAUACCGAAGUUUAAUGCGCGAAUGCCACCUCAUCGCCAUUUCGCGAGCCACUCAAUUUUGUCAACGCGAAGAAUACGGAAACGGUCGACAUUGAGGGACAAACUACAUAAGAUGGCACGACAUCAUUUGUUGAGCGAUUGAUGCCAUGCCACGCCACACCGAUUUCUUCUCGACUUACGUAAUUAAGAAUGUAAAUGUAAUGUACUUAAUGUAUGUAUCUGUACUUAUACGACCUACGUCUAUAGUUAUCAUGUGUACAGCGAGCGUGUUCCUACCAAACAGUAACCGGUUCGGUUUCCUCUCGUAACCUGCCAAUUAUCCAAUCCAGGGUGUCCACUAUUUUUGGCAAGUCAUUUUCCCUGACUUUUCCAGGUUUUCCGGACCAAUUUUCCAGACCAUUUUUGAUUUUUUCUCAAUUUUUAUAUGCGUAUACAUACUUUUACCCCAUACUUUAAAUAAAGAAGAAGUUUCAGGGAGGGGAGGGGGUAGUUUUUUUUCAAGUUUCUCUUCGAACUGGAUUCUUCUUCGGAUGUAAAAAAAAAAACAGCUAUAAAGUUUGUGUAUCAACUUAGAAUUCUAACGUGCAAGCUGUAACGUCCUCGUGCUCCAAAUUUCGGGAGGGGGGGGGAUGAAUUGAGUAAAAAAUUCCGAUUGAAAAUUCAAAAAAGCCGUGUCGAGAACUGAUUGUUGGGCCACAUUUCUACAGCAGAAGCUAUUUUUAGAUUUUUGAGGAGGGGGGGGGGGGUGUCGAAUGAAAAUUUGUGGAUUGAUGUGGUAGAAAAACGAUCAAUAAUUUUGCCAAUUGAUACAGUAUUCAUAUGAAUUGUGAAAAUUUUAUUUUUCUUUUCUUUUUUGGAUUUCUGGAGGCCUCAAAUGUGAAAUCUGUUUGAUCUAAAAUGAGAAACAAAUUGACCCGAGCGAAGCUAGGACGACAUUUUUUGAAAAUUUUUACUUCCGAGAUGCCUAAAAACGAGGGUUUUUUAAAUUUUAGAAUUGGAAUGAUGUAUUUUUGAAAGAAGUUACUUCUGAGAAAGAAGAGAACAGGCUCGAGUGAAGCGAGGGCGAAAGCUUCUGAAACUUUGUAUUUCGAGAGGCAUAAAAACGAGUUUUUUAAAUGUAUGGACGAGUAGUUUAAUUUUUAGCUUUUAAAUUUUAGAAUUUGAGUGAUGUUUUGUUCGAAGAAAGUUGAACAGAACGGACCCAAGGGAGGACGAAAGUUCUUGUAAAUUUGUACCUAUUUCAUGCAAGAGGCAUAAAAACGAUGUUUUUUUGUGUGAGUUCAUUUUUUGGCUUCAAAACUUGAUUUUUAUUAUCCAGAAAGUUUCAUCUUGCUCACAAAAAAGAUAAGAAAACAAGCCCGAACGAAGCGAUGGCAAAAGUUCUCAAAAAUUUGUGUUUCGAGACGUAAAAAAAAUAUAAUGCUUGAUCCUUUUUCAUCUCAGACCCUUAUUCGAAAUUUGCAAUUGAUGUUUUUUAAAAUUCCAGUGAUUUUGCGUGAAAAUUACGGAAUUCCCUAACUUUUCCAGACCGACCAAAUCCUCUGACUUUUCCACGUUUUCCUGUAUAGUGGACACCCUGCUGAUAACUAACCAGCAUUUUGAACCGAUUUUAUGUCGUUACUCGUUACUGACGCGUUUUUACUUACGCCUACCUACGCAUUUAUUUCUACUUUGUAAAAAUUCCCUUUCUUAUCGCGCAUUUAAGACGUUUUUUGUGUUCGAACGAAAUAAUAAAUAAAUAAUUUUGUUGUUA